ACUGAAGCCAACUGUAAUGAUUUUGGGAAGACAGCGUAUCAUGUUGAUGGCUUGAAACUCCAGUUGUUACCGCAUGGCAAAGCUAUUCUAUUACGAUGUGAUGUGAUGUCCCACCCCACACAAGAGUAGAGUGAGGUAAAGAAACUAAGAAAGGUUCGGUUCCUACCUCCAUUUCGUUGACACUACAAUAUGGCGCACCACCACAACAACUCCACAACUCUUCGCGUUUUCUGCGUCGGAACCCUCGACACCAAGCUCCACGAGCUCCUAUUCCUCUCCGAAUCACUUCGCUCCAAUCUCAAUCGCUUCUCCUCCUCUAAGGUAGAAGUGGUGGUGGUUGAUGUCUCUGCCGGUACAAACGCGCCAGAGAGUUUGCAGGAUUUGGCGUUUGUUUCAAGGAAUGAUGUUGUGUCUUCCUACAACAGUGGAUCAGGCGAGGCUUUGUCUCUCCCGGAGGACAGAGGCAAGGCUGUUGCCGUGAUGACUCAAGCAUUGGAGCAGUUCCUGAAGAAGUCUCACGAGAAUCAGAGUCUUGUUGGCGUUAUUGGUGUUGGGGGGAGUGGAGGGACGUCCCUCUUGUCGUCUCCCUUCGCCUCUCUCCCAAUUGGGAUCCCCAAGGUCAUCGUGUCAACCGUGGCCAGCGGUCAAACUGAGCCUUAUGUUGGAACCUCGGAUUUGGUGUUGUUUCCGUCUGUCGUGGACGUUGCUGGCAUCAAUAGAGUUAGCAGGCUCAUCCUGUCCAAUGCUGCAGCUGCUUUUGCUGGGAUGGUUGUUGGAAGGGUUCAGAGCUUACAGGAAUCUUCUCGCGCCGAAGAUAAGCCUACCGUUGGGAUAACUAUGUUUGGAGUUACUACUCCUUGUGUUAAUGCUGUCAGAGAUAGGUUGCAUGAAGAAGGUUAUGAAACCCUGGUUUUCCAUGCAACUGGGGUUGGUGGCAGGGCGAUGGAGAAUUUGGUUAGAGAGGGAUUUAUACAGGGUGUUUUUGACAUCACAACAACAGAGGUAGCAGACUACAUAGUUGGAGGUGUAAUGGCUUGUGAAAGUUCUCGUUUUGAUGCCAUCAUAGAGAGUAAAGUCCCGUUAGUCUUGAGUGUGGGAGCAUUAGACAUGGUGAACUUUGGAGCGAAAGAUACCAUACCACUGAAGUUUCAGCAGAGAAAUAUAUAUGAACACAAUAAACAGGUUUCACUUAUGCGAACAACGGUAGAUGAGAACAGAAAAUUUGCUGAUUUCAUAGCAAAUAAACUGAAGAAUUCAUCAUCUAAGAUUUGUGUUUGCCUUCCAGAAAAAGGUGUAUCUGCUUUAGAUGCACCUGGGAAGCCAUUUUAUGAUCCAGAGGCAACGAGUACUCUUCUUCGUGAAUUACAAAACCUUAUUCCGACUAAUGAUGAUCGACAGGUAAAGGUGUAUCCUCAUCAUAUUAAUGAUCUUGAAUUUUCAAAUGCAUUGGUUGAUGCAUUUUUAGAGAUUAAUGAGAAAACUAGUAAAGGUUCUACUCAUCAACAAGUAGCCAGUCCUGAAUCUGUUGAACAAUUUCAUGAGGAUAAUGUUUCAAAUGCAUCAAGCUUUGGGACCAUUCUCUAUACACCUAAUGAAUUCCCAGAAGCAAGAACAGAAACUUUGGAGAAAACACAGCUUAUAUUACAGCAACUUUUACAUCAGAUACAUAAAGGAAUUCCUAUAAUAGGAGCUGGUGCUGGGACAGGUAUAUCUGCCAAGUUUGAAGAAGCUGGAGGGGUUGAUCUAAUAGUAUUGUACAAUUCAGGGCGCUUCCGAAUGGCUGGAAGAGGUUCAUUAGCUGGAUUAUUACCUUUUGCUGAUGCUAAUGCUGUUGUUCUCGACAUGGCCAAUGAAGUUUUGCCAGUGGUAAAGAAGGUUCCAGUUCUUGCUGGUGUAUGUGCAACUGAUCCCUUCCGUCGAAUGGAUUACUUCCUUAAACAGGUGGAGUCUACUGGAUUCUCAGGGGUACAAAAUUUUCCUACUGUUGGGUUAUUUGAUGGUAAUUUUAGACAAAAUCUUGAAGAAACGGGAAUGGGAUAUAGCUUGGAAGUUGAGAUGAUCCAGAAAGCCCAUAAAAUGGGUCUCUUGACAACCCCAUAUGCUUUCAAUCAAUAUGAAGCUAUUGAAAUGGCUAAAGUUGGCGCUGAUAUUAUAGUGGCCCAUAUGGGUCUAACUACAACAGGCUCCAUAGGUGCAAAAACAGCUGUUUCACUUGAAGAAAGUGUAGUUCGUGUACAAGCUAUUGCAGAUGCAGCGCAUAGGAUCAAUCCCGGUGUCAUUGUGUUGUUUCAUGGAGGUCCAAUAUCCGGUCCAAAAGAGGCAGAAUUUAUAUUGAAGAGAACCAAAGGAGUUCAUGGGUUUUAUGGGGCUUCAAGUAUGGAAAGACUUCCAGUGGAGCAGGCUAUUACAAAUACAGUCAAAGAGUACAAGUCAAUUUCUUUUCAUUAAGGUUUAACAUGUCUAUACUUUAUUCAUGCCAGUGUUCUGUAGGCUACAUUGCUAUUAUGGUUGUUUAUAUUUGCCAUUGCUUAAUACCUACCAAAUUUGUGAACAUUAUAGGAUUUACUGAUGUAAAAUUUUGGAAAUUAUGGAUGAAAAGUAAUGUUCAAGACAUAUGUUUUGAUCCUCUAAAGUGCAGACAGAGGGUGCAGUUUGAAGUGCAAGUGGGAAACAUUGACAAGAAAUUCAAGAACUGGUUAUAACAAAUCCCUAGUUUGUUAUCCAUCUGAAACCCAUUUAUCAACACUACUUUUUACUGUUGAAAGCUUACCUUGCACUUCGAAGGAUCUUGAUCCAUAAUAAAUAUAGCCGUGAGUGUGGGAUCAACCGAUCAACCGUGUAUUCUGUGAUGGACUUACACAGAUUGAUAGAUUACUAUUUGUUGACUAGAAUAAUCGUUUUAUUUGCGUGUAAAACUCUGAUUAGUUAGAUGUCAAAAACCUUGGAUUAUAUCAGUUUAUCCCAAUAGUUAUAAGUUGUAUAAGUUGUUUCACGUGGCUUCAUAACCACUUUCCUGUUUUCUGUGGACUGUGGAUUAUUGUAGUGGGCCACUAAAAAAAGACACAAGACGACAUUAGCCUCCACACAACUCACCUAUAUACACUGAUUGUUUCAUAUGAACCUACACAAAAUAUAUCUGAA